AUAAUAAUGUAUACGAAAUAUACUUUCAAUUUAUUUCUGGUGCAAACAGUGAUAAUACUGCUUGUUAUAAAUUCUGUCACGGCCAAUUUAUUGAAAAAACUUACAGAAAUGACUUUAGCAGAUUCACAAGUUGUAAAUAAAGAAGAGCCUUCAAAACAGGAAAUAGCAGAUGUUUCAAUAGGACAAUAUUUUCAAGAUAUAUUUUCUGAACAUCUUGCACCUCUUAAAAUUGAGUUUGGUCAUGUCUGUGAGAAUCCUAGUGAAUGGGAACAAAGAUUUGAACAAAGAGACUUUGAUAAUAAUCAUCAUAGUGGCAAGAUAAAAUGGGGUGACAAAAAUGGAAAUUAUGGCGAGCAGUAUUGGGACUUGAAUCAUUAACUUUAAUCGCGAAAUUAAUUGUUCAUAAAUAA